AUGAUCGCCUGCCGAGUACCGCGCACGACCGCCGCAGCUAUUACUACUGCGCAGGCCGCGCGCAGUAUGUCUGCGUCUGCCAAAGUGUGGAUCAAUAAGGACACGAAAGUCAUUUGUCAGGGGUUCACCGGCAAACAGGGGACGUUCCACUCGGAACAAGCGAUCGCGUAUGGCACGCGCAUGGUCGGCGGCGUGACCCCGAAGAAGGGCGGCUCGACGCACUUGGGCCUGCCUGUGUUUAACACUGUGGCCGAAGCAAAGCGCGAGACGGGGGCCGACGCGUCGGUCAUUUACGUGCCGCCGCCGUUUUGCGCGGCGUCGAUCAUCGAAGCCAUUGAGGCUGAGAUCCCUCUCGUGGUCGCCAUCACCGAAGGCAUUCCGCAGCUCGACAUGGUCAAAGUCAAGUGGCACCUCCGCAACCAGCGCACGACGCGGCUCAUUGGGCCCAACUGCCCGGGCAUUAUCAAGCCAGGCGAGUGCAAGAUGGGCAUCAUGCCAGGGUACAUUCACCAGAAGGGCAAAGUGGGCAUUGUGUCUCGCUCGGGGACGCUCACGUACGAAGCUGUGGCGCAGACGACGGCUUUGGGCCUCGGCCAGUCGACGGUCAUUGGCAUUGGCGGCGACCCGUUCAACGGCACCAACUUCAUUGACUGCCUCGAACGCUUUACCAACGACCCCGAGACAGAGGGCAUCAUCAUGGUGGGCGAAAUCGGCGGCUCGGCUGAAGAAGAAGCGGCCGAGUGGCUCAUGGCGCACGGCGACCCCAACAAGCCCGUGGUGAGCUUCAUUGCAGGCACGACCGCUCCGCCCGGUCGUCGCAUGGGUCACGCGGGUGCGAUCGUGUCGGGCGGCAAAGGGACCGCUGCUGGCAAGUUUGCCGCGCUGGAAGCCGCUGGGGUUGCGGUCACGCGAUCGCCUGCCCGUCUGGGUGUGACGCUCUUGGAGGAGAUGAAGAAGCGGGCAUAG